AUGAUACAAUUAAAGACGAUGCUGAAUUGCAUCGACAAUUCCGGCGCUGCGAUUGUCGAAUGCGUGAAUGUCAUGAAGAUGAAGCGUCACGCAAAGAUUGGUGAUCGCAUCAUUGUCGUGGUACAAAAGCAACGGAAUUUCGGUCCGGAGUCAGGCCCAGGUGCAAGCGUCUCUACCUCAGCUGCGAAUAAGGUGCGAAGAGGGGAUCUAAGGCAUGCGGUCGUGGUUCGGACGGCAAAGAAGCUGCAGAGGCCUGACGGCAGUGUUGUAAAGUUCGACGAUAAUGCGUGUGUCUUGAUCAAUAAGGCGGGAGAACCGAUAGGGACGCGGUUGAAUGGUGUUGUUGGGACCGAGUUGAGGAAGAUGAAAUGGUCAAAGAUAUUAUCACUGGCACCGAUGCACUUGUAGGAAUAUGUAUAGAAAUCAUGGGUAAAGAGCAUAGGAGAAACGGCGUUUGACACCUUUGUCAUUGAAAAUAUGAGAUCUUUCCUCCCAUGCUAUGUCUCUGUUUUGAGAUGGGAGCCCACUCCAAACUCCGUUUGUCUAGAUCCAGAUCCACUGAACGCCGCAACACAAGAAAACAGAAUGCAAUAAUCGCCAAAACGGGGGUAUCAUGAGAAGAUGUGACCGCACCCGCAGCACACAUAGAAGAGUUU